AUGGAUGAGUACCCUCUUUCUGGUCUAGAAAGUCAUCCUCGUCGUUUCAAAGCUCAUUGGUUUAAGAGUUUUUCUUGGCUAGAAUAUUCGCCAGAAGUGGAUGCUGCAUUUUGUCUUCCAUGCUAUUUAUUUUCUAGAAAAUCAAGUCCAUUCACAUCAGGAGGAUUUCGCAAUUGGAAAAAACUAGCUCUUGUUGCUGCGGCUAAAGAAGUUGUUGAUGUUCAUGCUUUUUUUUUAAGUUUGAGUAAUAUUAUCAAUGUUGUGUGCUCUUGCAAACGCAAUGAUGAAUUACGAUCUGCUUAUGCAACUGAAAUUUCCCAUUUAGUUGCAACUAAUCAAAUUGAAACAGGAAGGGGAGCAAAUCAAAUUGGCACAUUAAAAAGAUCAGGAGAUACUAGGUGGAGCUCUCACUUCAACUCAAUUUGUAGCCUUUUACGUAUGUUUGGAGCAAUAACUUCAGUUCUGGAAGAUUUGGCUACUAAUGGAUCUACAUAUUCUCAACGUGGUGAUGCUACUUAUGCUCUUAAAUCUUUAUUAUCAUUUGAUUUUGUUUUCAUUUUGCAUAUGAUGAAAGAAAUCAUGGGAAUCACUGAUAAACUUUGUCAAGCAUUGCAACAAAAAUCUCAAGACAUUUUGAAUGCUAUGCAUCUGGUUUCUAGUACAAAGUCAUUGAUUCAACAGUUAAGAGAUAGUAGUUGGGGAGCACUUUUGGAGAAAGUUAGUUCUUUCUGCAAUGAUCAUGCUAUUCAGAUACCUGAUAUGGGUGCUUCUUUUAGUGACAUAAUUCGGUCUCGUCGUAAAAAGGAUGUUGUCACUGUUGAACACCACUAUCGUGUUGACAUUUUUACUAGCGUGAUAGAUUUUCAAUUGAAAGAGCUAAAUAGUAGAUUUAGUGAGCAAGCAACCGAGCUCCUCAUACUGAGUACAUCUCUAGAUCCUAAAGAUGUUUUCAAGUUAUUCAGUGUUUGCAACAUAUGCAAUCUUGUAAAGAAUUUCUAUUCUUUAGAUUUUUCUGAGCAAGAAAAGAUUCAAUUGGAUUAUGAGUUACAACAUUAUGAACUUGAUGUGGUUAAAGCUCCAGAUUUUUAG